AUGGCCAUCCGUUGCAUUUUCGUCUUCAUUGCCACAAUCGUCCUGGCUCAAGGAUCAAUCAUUUUGCCAGUUGAGCAGGAAUCUGUCGUGGGAGUCCAUCACUCUGGAGUGGUUUCAUCAGGUGCUCCUGUUGUUGGAAUUCCACGUGGUCAUUCGGCUGGUCCCCAACGUCCUGCUCCCGGUCAUGGAGGACUCUCUGCUCCAGCUGGAGGAUCCCGGCGAUUGAGCGGAGCCAGAGCGGCUGGACCUCGUGCUCAUGGAGGUGCCCCACGUCGUCAGGCUGGUGGAGCCCACAACCGUCCUGCUGGAGGUCGUCCAAUCGGAGGAGCUACCCACGGAAACCGCAACCGCAACCAGAAGCCUCAAUAG